AACUGAUAAACGUAACAGAAAGUUGCAAGUCUAACAACUGAUCACGAUUCAAACGUGUAAAGCUUUGACAAGGAAAGUCAUGAGUCCGUCAACUGGAGUUCUGAGCACGACUCCGACAACAAUUAACAGCAAUCAAGAAUUCUAUCUGAGUGCAAACAUCCUCAUUCCAUAUGGUAUCGUCAUGACCCUAAUCUUGGUAUUCGGUUCGGUUGGCAAUGUUCUGACAAUCCUGGUCUUACGUUGCCCUGAACACAAAAGGAAAAACAUCACUCCACUCAUGAUAAACUUAGCGAUUGUUGACAUCGUCAUAAUUGUCUUUGGCUAUCCUGUGGUCGUCGCAAGUAACUAUACGUCCUCUGGCCUUAACGUUCGUGAAAGUCGGAUAAGCUGCAUAUGGUCGGGAUUUAUCAAUGGCUCUACUGGCAUCGCUUCAAUCGCCAAUCUGACCAUGAUGAGUUUGGUUAUGUUUCACGGUGUCAGUUCAGUCACCAAGACAACAAAAAUCUCCACCAUCAAAAUGGCUGCCAUUAUCACAUUCACGUGGGUUUAUGGAGUAGUGGCCAUGAUCCCGCCGUUAGUGGGCUGGAACGAAUUCGUCCCAGGCGCCUCCGGUAUCAGCUGCUGUCCCAAUUGGGUGCCGGAAACGAAGGCUGGAGUGGCGUACAAUAUGUUGCUGGUUUUUAUUGGCUUCGUGCUGCCACUGUGUGUGAUCAUUUUUUGUUACUACAGAAUCUACAGGUGAGCUUGCUGAUGCCGCUUUCUGCUGCCAAUUGAAAAGAACUCUAGAGUUUAAAUGACAAUUUUCCCAAUCGAAUAGAUCUCAUUUACAAUAUUCCGUAGAUUGCAAAAUCGAUUAGGACUCCGAUGACUAUGGUAUUACGAGAGAAAGCAGUUUUAUUUGAUUUAGGAUACUUGGAGGAGGAACGGGUUGUAAUCUAUCUAACGCCAUCCAAUAUUUCAAUCAAUAUUUGUAUUAACGUGGCCUUAAAAUCGGAAAAAGGUUUUUGCCUCUUUUAAGGUCAAGGUGGAUAUUUUACUAAGAAAACUAACUUUCGAGCUAGUUCGUGUUUUCGCCAGGUUAUAUUUUUUUUGCAUUCCACCCCUUCUCGAACAUGGCUUUCAAUAUAAUCCAUGUCAAUAUAAUCCAGGUGUCGAAAACGAUGAAGUAUUUUACUCCCAAAAUCUAAUCCAUCAUUUUUGCUUCUAACUGCUUUGCAUUUCCACGUAAACUGACAAAUUCUUUUUUCGUGGACGGCCUGCUGGAUAAUAAAUUUUAUCACAAAAUCUGCGGUGUUAUACAAGGAUUUCCGGCCCUGAGAAAAGCCGUAACAACACACGUGAAAAAAUAUCGUAUUUUUUCGCGUGUGUUGAUUUAGCCAAUUAGCUGCUUACACGUCACUCGCCUUUGACGCCACUCGGUCAGGUUGAUGAAUGAACGGCGAAGCCUUCGCGAUUCUCAGUACAAGUUGUUUGUCGGAGCUUUCUCGAAUAAUGACGGCGAAAACACUAAAAAAUCCGUAUCGCUGAGAGACAAUGAAGUUCAAACUUUCCUAGAAGGGGAAUAAAACCAAUAUACUAAAAGAAAAAUCGAAAGUUGCGUAUUCAGUGGCUUUGGUGUUAGCAUUUCUCUCGGCUGAGAAUGAAAAUCGACAACUGAAAGAUUUAAUCGAAGAUUUGCUCACUCACUCACUCGUGAGCUAUCGAGUUAAACACUCGAAGAGAAAUUCCAUAUCUACGCGCGCCCAUGUAUUAUUCUCUAUAGUUUUUUCUACAGUUCUCACCAUGAGAAAAAUGCUGAGAGUCACACUGAGGCCUCUUCUUAGGACCCCACUGGAAGGAAAACGCCUCAGCGAGUGGGGUUCCUUCGUUAUACAUUAUUAUUGUUAUUAUCAUUUUUUUUUUAUUUAUUACUAUUAUGUUUAUGAUCAUUAUUUGAGUUAUCAGUGUUAUUGGAAUACUAUUCAUAAUCACAGACUUACAGCCUUCUCUUCCAUCCUAGCUUCAUUCGCAUUCAACAACCCACCUCAGGAAAUGCCUCAGUAGAAGCCAGUCGAAGAAAGUCUCAGAUCAAAAUGAUGCGCAUGAUUGCGAUGUCAAUUGCCGCCUUCGUGUUAAGCUGGUCGCCAUAUUGCCUGGUCAGCAUCAUCGCCACCAUCCGGGGUACGAAUACGUUAACACCUUCAGAGGCAGAAGUCCCGGAUUUACUCGCCAAAGCCUCUGUAAUCUACAACCCCAUAGUGUACACGGUGAUGAAUGACAGAUUUCGAGCAACUCUCCUACGCAUCAUCCCCUGCAACAGCUUUUUCUCAAGGGAGGUCAAGCCAACGUCGGAUUCCGUUUCCAGGUCAGCCGGGUCCAUUAUCGACAAUGCCAAUUCUUUUUCUGAAAAAAGAAGAUCGCAGAAAUACCAGAGCGAAGUUUUUUAG